ACCAAUAUAUCGCUUUAACCACUUCAUCUUGAGAGUAUCACUGGAAAAUCUAACACAAAGAAUUCUUGCAAAGAAUAGAAUCAUCCAGUUAAUGAAGCUUUUUUUCUCCAAAUGAUUUUCUGAAAGAAUUGCUUUAUCUAUUUGCAAAGUGACUGAUGUAUUAUCUUGUACUAAUGCUGGAUAGAUUAACCUGGAAAGGACUUGAAGCUUCAUUUAACAAAAUCUUUGUCUCUAUGUUGCCAAAAAAUAUAGUGCAAAUGGGAAAAGUGGCCACGGCACUCAGUGUGAACAAGGCCUUUAUUGCAUGUGCUGUAGCACGACAAUGGGAUAUGACACAUGCAUCCACACUUGGUGGCUGGUUGCAGCAGUAGUAAUAUGUAUAAUAUUACAUUAGUUAUUAUGGACACACGUGCGCGCAGAGAGAGACUGACUGUUUGCAUCGCGGACAGAUGCGGAUCGUGGCCGCUGGGUGGAGACAGUAAGACGGGUACAAGAUGGAAAAGUUUAAUGCCUUGCAAUGCCUUAAACUCUCUCUCUCUGAAACACACACACACACACACUGCAAGCAACUGAUUAUGUAUUCCCCGACUUUCUCGGCUGCUUAUUUAAACGGCAGCUUCUAUCUGCAAGUCCUGCUCUACCUUCUGCUUUUUGUCGGAGGGGAACGUGUGAUAGAGGAAUAACGCAGGACGGGGUUGGAUGCCAUGCUAAACUUCACUCCCAGGAGCAGUCAGUGAGCUGUUAACUAUCAGCAGUAACGGUGGGGUCCGUCAGGUGCCUGGGAGGUCACGGAUGCGCGGAGCUGGAUGUAUGAGACGGCUUCAUGGGCAUAAAGGACCAUCUGGAGGAUGGGACAGGCCACAUCCUCAGCCUGGGGCUGAAUCUGGACUACCUCCAUGUGGAAAGUGGUGAGCGGCAGGCCGGCCUGAGCACUGCGACAGGUGCUGGAAAUAUAGGGGUCUUACAGGUCAGAGCUGGUGUCCCGAGUAACAGCAAUAACAGUAUUGGUAGUAGUAGCACUAGUUUUAGUACUCAUUCAAGCUAUAGCAGUAGUAGUAGUUGCAGUAACUUCUCUGAGGAGAGUGCUGUCUCUGACAGUGACGAUGAACGGCUUCAGAAUGGGUGUGGUUCUGAAUCUCAAAACCCUCUGCAAGAGUCCUCAGUCUGUCAGACAGUCAGGCUGGUCCUGGCACCAAAUCUAUCCCCUGGAGACCCCCCACAGCCAGAAACAUUAUCUCCUACUGACCCUGUCACAGACUACCGCACCAAGGUGGAGUUUGCUCUCAAGCUAGGCUACUCUGAGGAGCUGGUGCUGCUGGUGCUGAAGAAACUGGGCCCAGAUGCACUCAUCAAUGACGUCCUGGGUGAGCUGGUCAAACUGGGAACCAAGACAGAGAUGGAGCAGCAAGGAGGUUCGACUAUCUCCCAGUCUCCCCCCUCCUCUUUGUCAUCCUCUUUGGCCUGCUCCUCCUCCUCCUCCUCCUCUUCCAACUCCUCUCUGGACUCCUGUCGGCUGCUGUGUCCGUCCCAGCUGCUGGAGGACAAAGAAAACCUUCGGCCUGUUGUGGUGGAUGGGAGCAAUGUAGCCAUGAGUCAUGGAAAUAAGGAAGUGUUCUCCUGUCAAGGCAUCCAGCUGGCUGUUGAUUGGUUCUUGGAGCGAGGUCACCGUGACAUCACUGUUUUUGUCCCUGCCUGGAGAAAGGAGCAGUCACGACCUGAUGCUCUCAUCACAGAUCAAGAGAUCCUACGGCGACUAGAGAAAGAGAAGAUCCUGGUCUUCACUCCAUCUCGCCGUGUGCAGGGACGCCGUGUGGUUUGCUAUGAUGACCGCUUUAUUGUCAAACUGGCCUAUGAGUCAGAUGGCAUCAUUGUUUCCAACGACAACUACCGUGACCUAGCCAAUGAGAAGCCAGAGUGGAAGAAAUUCAUUGAUGAGCGUUUACUGAUGUACUCCUUUGUAAAUGACAAGUUCAUGCCACCAGAUGACCCACUGGGACGCCACGGACCCAGUCUGGAGAAUUUCCUGAGGAAGAGGCCUGUUAUUCCUGAACACAGGAAGCAGCCAUGUCCUUAUGGGAAGAAGUGCACAUAUGGCCACAAGUGCAAGUUUUACCACCCUGAGAGGGGUAGCCAGCCCCAGCGUGCCGUGGCUGAUGAGCUCCGUGCCAGUGCCAAAAUUUCAACAGCAACUUCCAGAGGCCUGCUGGAAGAUGUCCUGAUGGUGAAGAGCAAAGGUUCUGGUCAACCAGAAGGAAUGGCUGAGGCUGAGCCAAUUCGGGGCACUCCAAAGAAACAGCCAAACCCCAGCCCUUUGCGCUCCUUCAAUGACCUCCUGGAGGACAGGCUUCGGGUCCAGUCCAAAGUGGAAGGACGCAGGGGAAGCAACAGCAGCAGCAGCAGUAGCUGUAGCAGCUUUCUAGGGCAUCCUGCUCCAGGGGGCCCCCCUUCAUCAGGAAGCCUGGACCGAUGGGAGCACCCUGGGGGAAGUGGUGGAGGCAACUCCAGGGUUGCUGGAGCCUCAGGACCAAGCCAGGCUGAAACUUACCACAGAUGCGAGUCUCCAGAGCUGGGCUACAGCUCACUGGUAAAGGCUUACUCUAGCCUCAGUCUGGUAGUGCCACAGAGUCCUGAAUGCUUCUUCCCAGCUGAUCUGCGAUCUGGAUCACUGCUGUCAGACUGUAGCAGCGAAGGCAGUGUCAGCUCAGACUCUUUUUCCCCUGACCCCUUGUUAGACGAUGGCCCCAAGUGCCACCAUCACCACCACCAUCCUCACCACCAUCAUCACUGCUCUGGCCAGUACACCCACCCCACAAGCCGUGUUCCUCCUGGACUGGGCCAGCAUGCUCCUCAUGGCUACCCUGUUCCUCAAGCACUGCGGAGACAACAUGGUUUUGGCUUGGAAGACCCUCCAUCUUCUGUUAGCUCCCAUGCAUCUCCACAUCCUUUCAAGCCCCCUUCAGCCUACAUCCCACCCCACCCUCAUCCAUUGCUGAGCAGUUUCCCAGGGGAAUUUCCAUCUCGUCCACCCCAAGCAUCCACUUCUCACUCCCACUCUCAGAGCCCCCCCCUUGGCCGCAAUGUGAUGGGUUCCCUUUGGCAGGAAGGUGGGCUCCAGGAAUCCCAAGUGUACAAAGGGUCACCUCUUCAUUCCAGAAGAAACCACUCUGGGCUAAACCAACAACCACAGCAUCAGAUAAAUUGGGACCCCCAUUACCAGCAGUCCCCUAAGCCUUGCUAUGAUCUGUUUGCCUUCCCGAGCCUUCCAGAAGUCCAUGAGAAGACUUGGCACUCUCCUUGGGGCAGGCAAGCCCAUUCAUCACCUCGUGGCCUUUCAGCAUCAAGUCUUCUUCCACUCCCACAGCUAUCUCUUCCACCCAUCACUACCCAUAAAAGCCACCUGCCCUCAGUUCCCCAGCACCAGGAGCCCUCUGCCUUGGGUCGAUACCAGGACCUUAGGGAGAGGGUGUUUACUAACUUGUGCCGGAUCUUUCCUCCAGAUUUGGUGAGGAUGGUAAUGACCAGGAACCCUCUUGUGAUGGAUGCUCAGGAGCUUGCAGCUGCGAUUUUGUUGGAGAAAUCGCAGCACGGUUCUUGAAUUAAGCCAGAAGGAAGUUACAGCUUCAUCUUAACCGGGCUCUCUUCUGCAGAUUUAUCCCUUGCAAUCAUCUUCAUUAUUAAUGUCAGGUUGGACAUACACAAACCAAAAGCACAAGAUAUAAAUAUCCAUAAGCUGUUAAUGGACUGCUUUUUUCAUUGCAGGGAAGUUGUCUCAUUAAUUUUAAUGGUAUUUUUGUAAAGGGAAAUAUUUUUCAUAUUUUCUAUAAAUAUGCCUGCUAUUUCAGCACUUAAGAUCAGGAAAGGCUGGGGUUUAAUGUGCAUGUUUGAGCUAUUGGUUAUGAGUCAAUACACCGGUGUGCUUAGGGAGGCUUUUAAUGUGUUUCAAGGGUGACAGUGUAGUUCAUUUUAAAUUAAUUUAUUUGUUAUAUUUUAAGUUAUUUACAUAUUAUAAAAUUAUUCUGUUUUUGGCACUUUUUUGUUAUUGUUGUGUUUCUUCCUCAGCUUUGUUUUUUUCUUUUUUUUUUCUUUUCUGGCAAUCAUAUCAGGGUAUAAGUAUUGCUCAAAUUCAUACUUUCCAUCUGAGUGAAACACCUCUGUUUUCCAGAGAUGACAAUGUGGGGUAUGUAAAAGAAUUGUAAGAAUUUCACAGCCACAUUGCAAAAACAUUCCUACCGUAUUUAAUGUUCGAAUUAGCUCAACAAAUGGAUCUUUCUAUACUGACAGGUGGUAGAUCAGCUGCUGUGGUGAGAUUUUGUGUAUUUCCCCCACAGGGAAGUGAAACUCAGGUGGCACCCACAAAUGAAGAUAACAAAAACUCCACUAGAAAACCCCAAGCUCUUGUUCACUUUUGAAUGAGAGUUUAGUUCCUGUACAAGGAUAGCCCUGUCAGCUGACUUCACAGUUUGUGAGUCUUCAUUACUGAUUUUUCACACAGUCUGUUCUUUUACAUCUUUAAAACAUAUCAAAAUUCUAAAUUAUACGAAGGUGGCUGUUGAGAACAUGGUCAACAGAAAUGUUUAGGUGGGAUAUUAUUUUAAUUUUAAUUUAAAAUGUGUUAAUUUAUUGCCUUUUUAUGUGUGUGUGAAUGUCUGUGGUGCAUGAGACACAGGGUCUCCUUUGUCAGUGGUGACAUCACUAGGAGGGUUUAGCCGCCUCAAACAGGGUAUAACUUGUUUGUACCCUUCUGUUAAAUACACAGAGAUCCACACCUUUGCAGUAAAAGACGGGAACAAACUAGCAAGAGUUGGGAAACGCCUUCUUAAAAUUAAAAUCUUCCCAUAGAGGAUGUUACCAGACAUAAUAUCAUGACAACAGUGGGGAACACCUAUAGAUAGUAGUUUUCAGUUCUACAAACUUUUCUCAGAGGCACUAAUAAUCUCAUUGGUUAAAUUAAAACUCACUGGUUUAGUAAAGACAGAAAUCUGAUUUUUAAAAUGUUUAAAUACAAAAAUAUAAAUAUAGGUUAGACAACAAUAAGCUAAUAUUAUUAGUUUAAGCUUGGCAAGUCUAGAUUACUUUUUUUUUCAGGUAUCAAAAAGCAACGUUCUGUAUAAGGAUUGCAACAAGCAAUUAUUUUCUUUACCAAUUAAUCUGUCAGUUAUUUUUUUUAUUAAUCAAUUCAUGAUUAAAUCUAUGAAAUGUCAAAAUGUAGUAAAAAAAAACAACUAUCACAAUUUUACAGAGCCCAAGGGGACUUCUUCAAAUUACUUGUUUUGUCUGACCAAAAGUAAUUUUUAUAAUUAAUUUCAUAUCAGUAUUUUUACUACUACUACUUCUGUUUAUCUGCUUUCUCUUUGAACGUAUUUUUAAGUUGUCUCCUCUUAAUGUAAAGCACUUUGACCUGCAUUUGUUGUAUGAAUAAUAAUAUUCUUAUUUUUAUUAUUAUCUCCACCAGUGGGGUUAUUUUAAUGUCUGAGGAACUGUUUGUAAAGCUAAAACUCUUGCCUGUCUAGUAGCCAGAUGACACCUCUCUUUGUUGAUACAAAUUGUAUCCUAUAAACUUUUUAAACAAGAUCAUUGUUUUAUAUGAGAAUAUUUAAACAAAAAAUAUUUCGAGUUGAAUAUUUUAAGUAUUUGUGGCAAACUUUGUCACCUUUGGUACUUUAUUUAUAUGAGGGAGCUUUUAUUCCCUUUUUUCCAAGUGCAGGAAAGAUAAAGUCUCAAAUGCACUUUCUGGAAACAGUUAUUGUUAUUGUUUAUAUUGUCUGUGAACUGAAAGCAUGGUACUGUGUAGCCCAAAAAAUAUGAAACCUCAACCAGGGUAGAGGUUGAGUCGGCCCAACCAUGGUGAAAAGCAACAUAUGACAAUAAAAAUUACCGCGAUUAAAGGUGUUAAAAAUAAAAUUGAAGUUAAAGGUGACUCAUGAGAUAUAUUGAAGCUCGUUAGUGUCAUACUCCACCUCAGAACAGUAUUUCCGAACACUUGUGGAGCAAAAAUGGGCUGUGAGUGCAGUAAAAAGAGAGGAGGUUUUAAUUAGCUUGGCUCCGAGCAAAACUGCUUCUCAAAUUUGUGCUCCAGGCUCCAAAUCUUUUGUGACGCCUUUCUCAGAAAUCUAAACCCACAACCACAGCAUUUUCUUCUUUAUUAUCUCAAAGCUUUCUUACUUGGAAAGCUUUCUUCUCAAGGGCUGUACUGUAAUCUGAAAGGUGUCGUCUCAGGAACAAGUCCUCAGUAAUUCUUGUUAGUCAUUCACACAGCUAAAACGUCUGUCAGUUGACUCUAAUGGUCUUGAGCUAUGACGUAAUGCCUGAGGUGCUUUCACCCUACUCGUCUGGCUGGCACUGUGUGCUAGUGUUUGCUACAGGGUUGAGACACCACAAUUUAAUUAAACAAACCUGUUGGUGUUGUGUUAACAUUCCUGUGGGUAUGAAAAAACCCUGUUUAGUGUAGGAGGGCAAAAACAAUUUUUCUAUUAUCAAAAAUUUGUUAAAGAGCUAUUUUUCUAAUUCUACAUGAUGUUUAUCUGCAAAUGAGAUUGUAGUCAGUGUUGCUGAAUAAGGGGAUAUAGCCUAUACAUUGCUAACUGUGUUAAUGUUAUGUUGUGUUUGGAUUUCUACACAAAUGUUACUUGACGUUGUUCAGACUGAAUAUGAUGAAGCAAAUUUCCACCUCGCUUUAUUCAUGCAAAUUUGAGUGUUUUUGUAGUCCAUGUUUUUCGCCACAACAGCAACUGUACUGGCUGUACAGAUGUUAGCUGUAGCUGUUCGUUAGCUAGCAACAUACACACCUGAUGUGUGUGUGUGUGUGUGUGUGUGUGUGUGUGUGUGUGUGUGUGUGCGGUGUGUGCUGUGUAAGUGUGUGACAGCUCAGACGCCAACACUUGGCAUGAUGCUGUCUGCGUGUCAACCCAGCAAGGAUUGUGUAUAGGCUUUUUUCACAGCAUAGGCGUUUCUAGUCAAGUGUCACAAGGAUGCACAACACCAGCACCCUGAAACCGAAGCAGCUCAAUGGAAUUCAGCCUUCAUCAAUUUUAUUAUUUACACCUGUAAAUUGUCCUACUGUGACGUGUCAAAAUGUCCUCCGUGAAAAAGGCCUAUAGGCGUCCUAUGACUUUCUUCAGCAAUUUAUGUAAUUUAAGCCAAGCAGCACUUCAUUUUUGUUUGUAGCUGUAAUGGCAUAGCAAGGUCGCAUGAACCUGCAAGGAUGUUCUCCUACACAGACAUUUAGUCAAAGCAAGACUUUCUUGCCCACAACUACAUCACUUUUUCUUUCAUAGAUUUUUUUAAUGUUUUUUUGGGCAAAUCAUUACGGAGCUUCUGGGCAAUGUUUAGGUAAAAACAUAUCUGCUUUUAGAAAGGGUCAAUUCCAUGCUGCCAGCUAUCUGCGCAUAGAAACUGAAUAGGGGUGAUAUUCUCGUCUUGCACCAUGAACGUGCUUCUGUCAUCUUGCAUUUAGUCAUGCAGUUGCACUGCCUAAAAUUUGCUUUGUGUUCAGUCUGAACACACCUUUAAGAAUUUAUGUGUGGGUUUUGUCUAGACAGAAAAAGUUGUUUUGUAAUUUGUUGCUCAUUUGACUAAAAUUGCCUCAAAUGCAGCUAUUUUAUCCAAUGGGAAAGAAAAUGUUAAAUAUCAACAGUGUCCCUGUUUAUCACCUUUUAUUUUGAAUGUGCUUUAAUACAUUUCUGGUACAGACAUAAUUUGUAAUAAUAAGUGCCAUCUCUUCAGGGACCAAAACCAAGUAAAAGGCUGUUUAUUGCUUUCCGAUGUUUCCCCUUGCUCAGGUCAAUGGUGGUUAUAUUAAACCAAAAUAAAAAGAAGAUAUUAAAGUGUUUGACCAUUGCUGCUGUUUCACUGUGUGUCCUUCUGGCAGAUGAAGAGUUUCAUUCCAAAAGAUGGUCCAUAAACCCAAAGCUUUCAUAUACAACUGUGCUGAUACAUAAGGUAUUUUGAUUAAUCCCAGUAAAAUUGUGUUUCAAAAAGCGUAGCAUAAUGCGCAAUACUAACAAAAAGUAUUGCUUUAAGCUGAUAUUGAAUUUGAAAGACUUCUAUAUACAGGAUGUGCCCAGCCCAAAUACAUUAUCCAUCUUAGAAAAACAAAAUGAAAAUGAAAUUGGCUGAAAUGCUUUUCCACAAACACAUUUUACCUUUGUGUCAUUAAUUAUGUCUUUGUUCAUCUUUUUCCUUUUUUGUUUUAUGAAAACGUCUUUUUGGAGUGGGUCUCUUCAGACGUUUGUGCUACGGGGCCGUGAAACUCAACUGAGCUUUAGGCAAUGAAACCCAAAACAAAAGCAUGGAAAACAAAUCUGUCAUAACAAAUGAGACAUGUUGAUUGUUCUUGUGUGUGAUGUAAAAGUAAGCAAUAAAAGCCCUACUCAAGCUUU